GGACCGCAGUGGUGGCUGCGGGCAGCUAGCAGCCAGCGCUGGUCGCAGAAGACACCGCGCAGUCCUCUCCUCCAGCAUGCCAGACCUCCUGGACAGCGGGCUCUUCCCGCUACCCUCCAACUUCUCCAGGCGGCAGUGGCUCACGCUCAUCGUCAUCGGCAUCGCAGACUUCUGCAACGCCAUUUGCGUCUCGCUCCAGGCUCCCUUCUACCCGCACGAGGCAGAAAAGAAAGGAGCAACUGCUACGGAGUAUGGACUAGUGUUUGGUGUCUUCGAGUUGGUGGUUUUCAUUGUCAGUCCACUGUAUGGAAAACAUCUCAACAGGAUAGGACCAAAGUAUAUGUUCAAUGGUGGAAUUUUUACCACAGGCACAUGUGCUAUUUUAUUUGGCCUGCUGGACAAAGUCAACGGACACUAUCCAUUCAUUGUGCUGUCGUUUCUGAUUAGAAUAGUUGAAGCACUUGGAAAUGCUGCUUUUUUGACAGCAAGUUUUGCUAUAAUUGCCAAAGAAUUUCCAAACAAUGUUGCCACAACAUUUGCUUCACUGGAAACAUUCUUUGGUCUCGGUCUCAUUGUCGGACCAACUGUGGGAGGAGCUCUUUACCAGCUUGGAGGUUAUACAACUCCAUUUGCUGUGUUGGGAUCUGCUCUGUUCAUGUCAGCGGUGAUGACAGCAUUUGUACUACCAGGACACUCAGAUUCUCCUGUUGAUGACAAACAUGAAGGUGGCCUGUUCCAAGUCUUGAAGAUACCAGGAGUUAUGCUUGCAGCUUCAAGCAUUGUUGUCACAUCAAUGAGCAUUGGCUUCUUACAAGCUACAUUGGAACCACAUCUCAGAAAUUUCAACCUCUCCCCUGUGAUUCUGGGGCUCAUGUUUGUCAUCAAUGGUGGUACGUAUGCACUAACUGCUCCUUGCUGGGGUUGGAUGUGUGAUCGUUUCCUGAUGCCUAAGAUUGCCACCAUCAUUGGAUGCGUUAUGAUAAUGGUUGGCUUCAGCAUGAUUGGCCCUGCUCCUUUCAUUCCAUGUGACACAAUUCUAUGGUUAUCAAUUCUGGGGCUUGUGUGUCAUGGCCUUGGGAUAGCUGCGCAAUUGGUGGCAUCAUUCACAGAUGCUCUUAGAACAGCAAUAGCAUAUGGCUUUCCUAACAAUCUGGAAACUUAUGGCUUGAUAUCUGGAUUGUGGACUUCAACAUUUGCACUGGGAGCUUUUAUUGGUCCAUCUGCUGCCGGUAUUUUAUAUGAUAGAGUAGGAUUUAAAAAUGCAACAAUGUUCAUUGUUGGACUUAAUCUUCUUGUAGGUAUAGUCGUACUGAACUUUAUUUGCUUCACACGAAGAAGAUCACCCUACAAGGAAAUAACACAAACAGAUGAUCUGAAGAUGUACUCCAGUGCAGAGACAGGGUCGAACAUCAGUAAUGGAACUGUUGUCAGAAACAAAGCAGUUGCUAUUGAACGACCACCGGGAAUGAAUGGCAUUAUUGCCUGUAACAGUUACAAAAAUAGGCAUGGAACCUGGCAUAUGAAAGACAGUGGUGCUGUUCUGAUAGGCCCUUACAGUUCAAGUUUUGGUGGGUCAGAAUCAAGAAAUCUUAUAGGGGGCAGACAUUGAACAUUUCUGCUGAAAAAUUAAAUUCUGAAGAAAAAUGCGUUGCCUACAGUGUUAAAUUUUACACCUGUAAAAUAACACCUAUCAGUAUUCUCAAAACAUCCUUAAUGUCUAGUUAUAACUGUAAAGAAGAGUGUUUACAGUAAUAUGACGGUAGCAGCAGUAAAUAGUAUGCUUGAUGAAAGAGAACAACCAAUGUGUACCUGUGUAUGUUCUGUCACCUGAAAAAGCAAGUAAAAUGCUGAGGAUGCUGCUAUGUAAUGCCCACAGCUGUUAAAUAACAUUAGGUCAAGCUCCACCCAUAAACAGUUACCUCUAUGCAUUCACAUCGUAGACUGACUGACAAUUCAGGAGGCCUUUUGUGUCUAACAUUUUAUUUAUUAAACUUUCUUAAACAUGACCACAAGUUAAA